AGUUAAUAAGGAAGCCCAAGAUGACUCUCUCGGUCUCCCGUAUGUGCUUGGCCACAGCUGCAGCACUUCUUCUGACAACUCCUAUGACUUCGGCGGCAAAUUUGCGCCGCGCUCAGGCCGUAGUCAGUGAAGGUGCUGCGGCCGAGGAAGGAGACAAGGCCCCGCUGUCUCGUGGAUGGGCAUACGGCGGA